AUGAAAGUAGCUAGACUUAACGAGACGUUUCCACAAGCCGAACUGCGAAGGCUUAAACAAGCAGAGCGUGAGGCAGCUCAAAGAGCUGCUGAGACACCAGAGCAGUCCCAAGAUAGACGUCGACAGCAUGCUGAGUAUCUAGCAUCUCAACGGGCUGCAGAGACACCCGAACAGUCUCAAGCUCGACGUCAACAGAACGCUGAAUAUCUGGCAUCUCAACGGGCUUCUGAGACACCCGAACAGUCCCAGGAUCGACGUCGACAGCAUGCUGAGUAUCUAGCAUCUCAACGGGCUGCGGAGACACCCGAACAGUCUCAAGCUCGACGUCAACAGAACGCUGAAUAUCUGGCAUCUCAACGGGCUUCUGAGACACCCGAACAGUCUCAAGCUCGGCGUCUUCAGCAAGCGACUUACAUAGGGUCCCAAAGAGCUACUGAAACUGUUGAAGCUGCUGAAGCUCGCAGAUGCGCUGUUGCUGAAAGGGCACAACAGCGACGAUUAAUAUUUACAAGAAACGCGUGGGGAGUAUUUGAUAAAGCUGCAUUUGAGUACGAUGAAACUCUUGAUUACGAAAGCCACAAGCUUAUAAAAAUAGAAGCGAUGAAUAAGGAAUGCAGAUUUUGCGGUGCUCUUAAAUGGAAAGAGGAAGCUGCAGGCAUGUGUUGUUCGGGAGGAAAAGUAGUUCUUCCUUCAAUAGACGAGCGUGUUGAACCUCUUAAAGAACUUUUUUCAAAUGAAACAGAUGAGUCUCGCCGUUUUUUAAAAAACAUAAGAAAAUACAAUACAUGCUUCCAUAUGACAUCUUUUGGAGCUGAUAACAUUGUGUCGAUGCCAGGAUUUUGCCCGACUUUUACAAUCCAAGGGCAAAUAUACCACACAAUUGGCUCUUUGCUUCCUGCUGCUAAUACGCAACCAAAAUUUUUGCAAGUUUAUUUCAUGGGUGAUGAGGAAGCACAAGUUGAUAGGCGUUCUGAGUACGUACCAGGUGUGGAAAGAAACACAGUUCAAAAAAUACAAAAAGUUCUACAUGAUCACAACGUUUUAGUGCAUGAAUUUAAAAUGGCUAAAGAUAGAGUGACUAGCGAUAAUUACAAGGUCGUGAUACACCCAGAUCGUGUACCACGUGGUGAACACGAAAGACGAUUCAAUGCCCCGACCACAAACGAAAUAGCUGCCGUAGUAGUUAGUACUGAACAAACUGCGUCUCGGGACAUUGUUAUUCAGGCGCACGAUGGCCGGCUUACUAGAGUUCCGGACACUCAUAGAUUUUAUGAUGCUCUCGAGUACCCGAUAAUUUUUUGGAAAGGACAAGAGGGGUACAGUUUUGAUAUUCCUCAGACAAACCCAGUUACAAAACAGCCUAUACCGAACAAAAAAGUGUCGUGCAAAGACUUUUAUGCAUAUCAUAUGAUGGUACGUCGCAACAAUUUUAAUUUAUUGCUUCGAUGUAGGCUUCUCUUGCUUCAGUUUUUGGUGGACAUGUAUGUCAAAGUGGAGAGUGAGCGCUUAAGGUUUAUUGCUUUAAACCAAACAAAACUGCGAGCAGAAAACUAUAUACAUUUACAAGACGCGGUCAGGAAUGAUGCGGAUUUAGAUCCAAACAAUUUGGGUCAAUUGGUAAUACUCCCAUCGUCAUUUGUAAAUAGCCCGAGAUAUCUUCAUGAGUACACGCAGGAUGCGUUCACAUACGUGCGUAACUACGGGAGGCCUGAUCUGUUUAUUACAAUGACAUGUAAUCCCGCUUGGCCAGAAAUUACUAAAGAGCUCAUUCCAGGUCAAAAUGCAACAGACAGACAUGACUUAACAGCCAGGUUAUUUAAAAUAAAAGUACAAAAAUUGGUUGCUCUACUUACAAAAGGUAAAAUAUUUGGAGAUAUGAAGUGUUUCAUGUACUCGAUCGAGUGGCAAAAAAGAGGUCUGCCUCACGUGCACUUACUGCUGUGGUUGACGGAAAAAUUACGCCCCAACCAAAUUGAUGAAGUCAUAAGUGCGGAGAUACCAAAUCCAGAAAGUGAUCGAAAACUCUACGAUACUGUAACCAAAAAUAUGAUUCACGGUCCCUGUGGUGCACUAAAUCCGUCAUCACCAUGCAUGAAAGAAGGAAAAUGCACCAAAAAGUAUCCAAGGGCGCUUUUGAAAGAUACUCAAACUAACGACAAAGGCUAUCCUUUGUACAGGCGUAGAACACCAGGAGAUGGCGGCCGUACGAUAACUCUAAAAACCCGAGGUGGAACACAGGAAGUAUUGGUUGACAAUAGCUGGAUUGUCCCAUAUUCUCCUCUUCUGUCUAAAAUUUAUAACUGUCACAUAAAUGUAGAGUUCUGCAAUACGGUACAGGCGAUAAAAUAUAUUUGUAAAUAUAUAAACAAAGGCAGCGACCAGGCUAUUUUUAACAUUCGACAGCAAGGGAAUGUUAAUAUUGACCCGAGAGAUGAGGUGCAAACGUAUCGAGCCGGUAGAUAUGUUAGUAGUAACGAAGCAGCGUGGCGGAUCUUGGGUCUGCCUCUGCAUGAAAGACACCCAACAGUCACUCACCUUGCGGUUCAUCUGCCUAAUGGUCAGCGGAUUUACUUCACUGAAAACAAUUUUAGAGAGAGAAUGGCCGCACCACCUAAGACGACACUAACUGCAUUUUUCCUGCUUUGCCAAAAUGACGCAUUUGCAAAAACAUUACUUUAUGUUGACGUACCCCGCUACUAUACAUGGAACGUGUCGUCGAAAGAAUGGAAACGUCGUUUACAAGGCACACCUGUCGACGGCUGGCCAGGUGUGAAGGCAGGAGAUGCUCUUGGGCGCAUUUACACAGUGCAUGUUAGUAACUUCGAAUGUUACUGUUUGCGAAUGCUGCUGAAUGUAGUACAGGGCCCCACUAGCUUUUUGGAUCUUAAAACAGUUGACGGCCAAGAACUUCAAACUUUUCGACAAGCGUGUGAGAAGUUGGGGUUGUUGGAAGAUGACAACCACUGGGAUGCCACAAUGGAAGAGGCAGUGCUGUGUCGCUCUCCUUCGCAAAUAAGAGAACUAUUUGCAAUAUUGAUAUGCACUUGCGGUUUAUCCAAUCCUCUUCAACUAUGGGAUAAGUAUAAAUCUGCAUUAUCGGAGGAUAUCUUGCAAAGAUUUGAAAGGAUGGAUCAAGUCAACAAUGAUCUAUGUUUCAAUGAAGCACUGAGACAUAUAGAGGACAAAAUAAUAACGAUUUCCGGUAAGAAAUUGUCUGACUUCGGUAUGCCUACACCAGAGCGUCGAGGAGAGUUGUCGACCGAUUUGAUCAAAGAGCUAAGCUACGAUAUUGCUUUAUUAGACGCUCAGGUCAGCGAAACUGAACCACGCCUGCUACCCGAACAAAAAAACAUUUAUAACAAAAUAUUACAACGAGUUGAGCUUGACAAAGGCGGCCUUUUCUUUCUUGACGCCCCGGGCGGUACAGGUAAAACAUUUUUGCUUAAUUUGCUUCUAGCAAAAAUUCGUAAGGACCGUAAAGUUGCAUUAGCGGUGGCUUCCUCUGGGAUCGCUGCAACAUUGCUGAGCGGUGGACGAACGGCACAUUCGGUUUUUAAAUUACCUCUUAAUCUGGCGAGCGAAGAAACCCCAACGUGCAACAUCAGUAAGAGCAGUGCCCGUGGCGCCCUCUUGCAACAAUGUAUGCUGAUCGUGUGGGACGAGUGCACUAUGUCACACAAACGCGCCAUUGAGGCGCUUGAUCGCUGUCUACAAGAUAUUCACAGCAAUCGAAAGUUGAUGGGUGGUGUGGUAGUGUUAUUGGCAGGGGAUUUUAGACAGACUUUACCUAUUAUCGAGAGAGGCACUGCAGCAGAUGAAAUUAACGCAUGUCUAAAAGCCUCAUAUCUGUGGUCUAAAGUUGAAAAGCUUUAUCUUACCACUAACAUGCGAGUCCAGUUAUUCAGCGAUGUCGAAUCAGGAGCAUAUGCUCAAAAACUGCUAGAAAUUAGUGAAGGCCACCUAAACACCGACCAAGUAGGUAUGGUUCUUUUCACACAGCAAUUUUGUCAUGCUGUGGAGACAGAAAACGAACUUAUUGAACAAGUUUUUCCGAAUCUGCAACAAAAUAUUCUUGACGAAAAUUGGUUGUGUGAAAGAACCAUAUUGGCACCAAAAAAUCAGAUUGUUGCGAAAAUAAAUAAAAACAUCUUGGCCGAAAUAAACAGCGAAACAUCAGUGUAUAAUUCCAUUGACACAGUUAUGUCAUCCGAUGACACUACAAGUUAUCCCGUAGAGUUCCUAAACUCUUUAGAGUUGUCCGGGGUGCCAUCACACAAGUUGGAAUUAAAGGUAGGUGUACCCGUUUUGUUAAUGCGUAACCUGGAUGCGCCAAGAUUAUGCAACGGUACUCGGUUGCGAGUUACCGAAUUAGGAAGGCAUAUAGUGAAGGCUACAAUUUUAACUGGAGAAGCCAAGGGAGACAAUGUUCUUAUACCGCGCAUCCCAAUCAUACCCAACAACUUGCCAUUCAAUUUUAAACGCCUGCAGUUCCCAUUAAAAGUCGCAUUUUCAAUGACGAUCAACAAAUCGCAGGGUCAAACCUUGAAGGUAGCAGGCCUACAUUUGGGCACGCCAUGUUUUUCUCACGGUCAGCUCUAUGUGGCUUGCUCACGUGUUUCUAAAGCGAAGAAUCUGCAUGUUUAUGCUGAAGGAAAAAGAUCAUUAAAUGUAGUUUAUAGGAGCAUACUGCAGUAG